AUAAAGGCCAUAUUGUGCGUAAAAUCGAUAAAAGAACUGCCCAUUGAAAAUCAUCCCUCGCCUCCUGGUUGAUUCCUAGCUGAACUUGAAUAUUUGAGGAGGGAAAAGUGCAUUUCUAGCGCCAAAAGUCAGCGCCUGCCCCGCCCACCACCGCCAUAACAAAACAACGCCCACCCGGAGAGCCGCUGAUAAUGCCAAUGCACAUCCCGUAUCCGGUUAAUUGGAUACCCGUUCUGCCAGUCGCCCGAUGUCAAGAAACUCCGUCGCUUCUGAAGCGCGCCAGUACGGAAAAGCUGCGAGAGGUGUUCCAAAAGUACGCCUCAAUCCAGAAGAAUGGCGAACACUUUAUGACCAGCGAGGACUUCGUGCGCAAUUUCCUGGGACUCUUCACGGAAUCUGCAUUUAAUGACGAAUCGGUGCGCCUCUUUGCCGGCAUUGCCGAUACGAGCAAGGAUGGACUCAUCUCGUUCUCGGAAUUCCAGGCCUUCGAGGGUCUACUGUGCACUCCCGAUGCCCUUUACAGGACCGCCUUCCAGCUGUUUGACCGUCAGGGAAAUGGCACCGUCUCUUAUGCUGACUUUGCUGAUGUCGUACAAAAAACCGAACUGCACUCAAAGAUACCUUUUAGCUUAGAUGGACCUUUUAUUAAAAGAUACUUUGGUGAUAAGAAACAACGCCUUAUCAACUAUGCUGAGUUUACGCAACUGCUGCACGACUUCCACGAGGAACAUGCAAUGGAGGCCUUCCGCACCAAGGAUCCAGCUGGCACUGGAUUCAUAUCCCCCUUGGACUUCCAGGACAUAAUUGUUAAGGUCAAGCGGCAUUUACUGACGCCCAACGUCAAGGACAACCUUGUAUCGGUUACUGAGGGCCACAAAGUGAGCUUCCCGUAUUUCAUGGCAUUUACCUCGCUGCUGAACAACAUGGAACUGAUCAAGCAGGUUUACCUGCAAGCCACUCAAGGAAGCCGCACUGACAUGGUUACCAAGGAUCAAAUCCUGCAGGCCGCCCAGCCCUUAAGCCAGAUCACUCCUCUUGAGGUGGACAUCCUGUUCCAUUUGGCCGGCGCUGUUCACCAAGCGGGCCGUAUUGACUUCAGCGACCUGAACAGCAUUGCUCCAGAGCACUACUCGAAGCAUAUCACACACCGCCUCACAGAAAUUAAGGCUGUGGAGAGUCCUGCCGAUCGAUCUGCUUUUAUUCAGGUGUUGGAGAGCUCUUAUCGUUUCACUCUUGGAUCCUUUGCUGGCGCUGUCGGUGCUACGGUCGUGUAUCCCAUUGAUUUGGUGAAGACUCGCAUGCAAAAUCAGAGAGCGGGCUCGUAUAUUGGUGAAGUGGCCUACAGGAACUCAUGGGAUUGUUUCAAGAAGGUAAUCCGUCACGAGGGCGCCCUGGGUCUGUACAGAGGCUUGCUGCCCCAGCUGAUGGGCGUGGCACCGGAAAAGGCCAUCAAACUGACGGUUAACGACUUGGUCAGAGACAAGCUGACCGAUAAGAAGGGCAACAUUGCCACAUGGGCGGAGGUGCUGGCGGGUGGUUGUGCAGGUGCGUCACAGGUGGUGUUCACCAACCCCUUGGAGAUCGUUAAGAUUCGGCUGCAGGUGGCGGGUGAGAUUGCCAGUGGGUCGAAGAUUCGCGCCUGGUCUGUGGUGCGGGAGCUGGGACUCUUCGGUCUCUACAAGGGAGCCAGGGCCUGCCUUCUGCGCGAUGUGCCGUUCUCGGCCAUCUACUUCCCGACCUAUGCUCACACCAAGGCCAUGAUGGCCGACAAGGAUGGGUACAAUCACCCGCUUACCCUUCUGGCCGCCGGUGCCAUUGCUGGUGUUCCUGCUGCCUCGCUCGUCACACCCGCCGACGUCAUUAAGACACGCCUUCAGGUGGUGGCCCGCAGCGGCCAAACAACGUAUACGGGAGUCUGGGAUGCCACCAAGAAGAUUAUGGCGGAGGAGGGACCACGUGCCUUCUGGAAGGGCACAGCCGCCCGUGUCUUCCGCUCAUCGCCUCAGUUUGGAGUGACCCUGGUGACAUAUGAGCUGCUGCAGCGACUCUUCUACGUGGACUUUGGCGGCACUCAGCCAAAGGGAUCGGAGGGUCACAAGGUCACCACGCCACUGGAGAAGGCGGCAGAGAAGGUUAGCACCGAAAAGGUCGAUCACAUCGGCGGCUACAGGGCAGCAGUUCCUCUUCUGGCCGGAGUCGAGUCCAAGUUCGGCCUGUACCUUCCGCGAUUCGGGCGGGGAGUAGCCACGCCCCCAACGGCCACGGGAUCCUGAUUGUACUGGCGCCACCGCCUGCCCAGCACCACAUAGUCAACAUGUGAAUGCAAAGUGGUCGAUCGGCGGGAUUGGGGGCCUCUUGGAGAGAAAAGAUCUAUUUUUUGCUAGGACGCGUUUACACAAAUACACUGAAGCACUGAGGAUAUUUCUAACGAGGAUCAGGGACAAAAAGCAUAGAAGCGAUCGAACUAAUGUAUCUGAAAAUCAACCGGAAACCUGGCUCUGAGCAACUGUUUUUACCACACACUCACAAAAAAAAAUUCAAAAACAUAAAUAUGAAAAUUGUAAAACCUAGGGGAUAUAUAGUAGCGAUUUUACGUGAGACGGGGGCUGAUGAAAAUCUAUUUAGGAAAGUGUAGAACUGUUUUUGUAAACUUUGUUAACUAGUUUAAUGUCUAGAGCAACAACCAAUCACUGAACGUCAACUUUUGCACUCAAUGGAACUAUCAAAGCGUAAAUAUUUUAAUCUUAGUGCGAAUUUGUUCAAAACAAUUAUCAAGCAAAGGAAAUGCAAUGAAUGACCUCUUAGCUAAUAAAGAAAUAACAAAUAAAAACUCAUGUUUGAAACAAA